CUCUGCUUUCACCCCACCAAGCAAUCAUGGCGGACCCUAAGAUUGAGCCCAAAGCCGACCCUAUCAAAGAGACGCAGCCCGAGCGUCGAGGCUCCAUUUUCGCGGACGAAACCCACCGUAAACAAAGCAUCCACGAGCUGACUGAAAACAUAGCCGGCGAGAUCCGCAACCCUCUGAUCGGCGUUCCAAAGGAAACCCUUCUGGCCGAUGUCGACGCCUUCGCAACAGAGCACCAUCUCGAAGACAUCGUUCCGCUCCUGCGCAAAGGCGCCCUCGUCGCCCAAUCGCCUCUUGGACUGGACGAAAUUGAGGAGCUAGAUGACGCCGAUCGUCUGGCCAUCCGCGAGGAGAAGACGAACCGAUGGAAGCACCCGAAGAUUCUGUACUUCACCAUCAUUCUCAACUCUAUUGCCGCCGCUAUCCAAGGAUGGGACCAAACCGGUUCGAAUGGAGCUAAUCUGACCUUCUUCAAGGAGUUUGGUAUUCCAGAUUCUGGCCCAGAAUGUACUGCCGCAGGAACUUGUUCGAAGAAUGGCUGGAUUAUUGGAUUUGUCAAUUCAUGCCCGUAUAUUGCCAUUGCCUUCUUCGCUGGGUGGAUAUCUGAUCCUAUCAAUGAGCUUCUCGGUCGACGUGGAACCAUUUUCCUCGGUGGCAUCUUCUCUCUGCUCGCGCCUAUUGGAUCUGGCCUAACUCAACAUUGGGGUCAGCUCGUAGCUUGUCGUAUUCUCCUCGGAAUUGGUAUGGGUUUGAAAGAAGUUACUGUGCCCGUAUUCUCGGCGGAAAAUUCCCCUGCGAAUAUCCGUGGUGGACUUGUCAUGUCUUGGCAGGUUUGGACCGCCUUCGGUAUCUUCAUGGGUACUUGUGCAAAUCUAGCUGUCAUGAAUGUUGGGAAAAUCGCCUGGCGCCUGCAGCUUGGAUCUGCUUUCAUCCCCGCUGUUCCUCUCGUCAUUGGAAUCUUCUUCUGCCCUGAGUCUCCUAGGUGGCUUAUGAAGAAGAAGAAAUAUGCUAAAGCAUAUCAAUCUUUCCUGCGCCUCCGUAACACCCCUCUUCAGGCAGCUCGCGAUCUAUACUAUACCCAUGCGCUUCUAGUGCAGGAAGAAGUCCUUAUCAAGGAAGCCGGUCUCAGCCCGGAUAGCAACUUCUUCACUAGGUUCUUCGAGCUAUUCACUAUCCCUCGCAUCCGUCGUGCGACUCAAGCUUCCGGUAUCGUCAUGAUCGCCCAGCAGAUGUGCGGAAUAAACAUCAUCGCCUUCUACUCAUCCACUAUCUUCAAAGAAGGCGGGGCUUCCGACAAACAAGCCCUCCUCGCCUCCUUCGGUUUCGGGCUCAUCAAUUUCGUCUUCGCCUGGCCCGCUGUAUGGACCAUCGAUACCUUCGGACGUCGCGGUCUCCUCCUCUUCACCUUCCCGAACAUGUUUUGGACGCUCUUAGCUGCUGGAUGCUGUUACUGGAUUCCCAAAGACAAUGAUGCGCAUUUAGGCCUAAUUGCCUUCUUUGUCUACCUGUUUGACGCAUUUUAUUCUCCUGGGGAGGGUCCUGUGCCUUUUACUUACAGCGCAGAAGUGUUUCCCUUGAGUCAUAGGGAGGUUGGGAUGAGUUGGGCGGUGGCGACCAAUAAUUUCUGGGCUAGUGUGCUCAGUUUGACGUUGCCGACUAUGCUAAGGAAGAUGAAGGCGCAGGGUGUGUUUGGAUUUUAUGCAGGGCUAAAUGUGCUUGCCUGUAUCAUGAUCUUCCUCUGGCUCCCUGAGACCAAGCAGCGCACACUCGAAGAACUCGACUACGUCUUCGCCGUUCCAACUAGGACGCAUAUGAAGUACCAGGUUACUAAGAAUCUUCCCUGGUGGGCCAGGAAGUACAUCCUUCGUCGCGGCGAUGCUCCCAAGCCACAGCUCUACCACUUCGACAAUGACGACUACUCCCCGGCGCCAGCGAAGAAGGAUGUCGAGGCUGUAGAGACGACGGAGAAAGCUGUGGAGUUGAACGAGAAAGCUCUGUAAAGUGGAGAAAGGCUUGGCACUACUAGCAUCUUUGUUCAGGUUUGCGUUCGCAUGCAUAUUUGCGGCAGCGUUGGAACGUUCGCGGUGGACUGGUAGUCGUUGCAAGUGCAGUGCGUACUGUUCAAGAUGGACUUGAUGGAAAUUACUGCGGUU